AAAAAACUUGUUAGUCAGAGUAGAAGAUUUGUAAUAGGCCUACGUUUAUAAAAUAUGCAGCGACUUCCAGCUUAAUUCGGAAACGAUUAUUUGUGUUUUAUCGUACGUUUGCUACAGCAGGUUAUAUAGACAAUAUCUUUCUGAAGGAAGUCUCAUCCUUUCUUGUUCUUACGAGCUGAAAAUCAACUCCAGUCAUGUCGAGAGGUUAUUCAGAUGGGUUCCAGUAUUCCUCAUACCAGAAAGGAGAAACCACUGGAGCUGGACAGGAUGAAUUCAACAGGCUUUCACAAGUAAUCGGCACAAACAUACAGAAGAUUACCCAGAAUGUCAGUUCAGUUCAGAAAAUGGUAAACCAGCUUGGAACUACUCAGGAUUCAGAAAGUUUACGCACUCAGCUACACCAGGUGCAGAACUACACAAACCAACUGGCAAAAGACACACAUCAGCAUUUAAGAGAAUUAACUUCUUUGGAUCAGUCUUCUAGUCAGUCUGAUCAGCGACAGAACAAGUUUCUCAAGGAAAAGCUUACCAGUAAUUUUACGGAAGCUUUAAAGAACUUCCAAGCAGUUCAGAGACUUGCAGCCCAAAAAGAGAAAGAAAGUGUGAUGCGUGCAAGAGCACAUUCGGGUCUAAGAGGGGAUCCAUUUUCUGAUGGUCCACCAGGAACAGGAACAGCUCUGAUUGACCUUGCAAGCCCGACACAAUCUCAGAAAGUCCUGCAAAUGGAAGAAGAAGUUAAUGUUGAACUACUGAGAGAACGGGAACAGGCUGUUAAGAAGCUAGAGUCAGAUAUUCAGGAUGUGAACCAGAUAUUUAAAGACCUAGCAUCACUAGUUCAUGAACAAGGGGAUAUUAUUGACAGCAUUGAAGCAAAUGUGGAGAGUUCAGCCAUACAGGUUGAACAAGGAACACAGCAACUAGCUAAGGCACGACAACAUCAGGUUGCAGCUCGUCGUAAAGCUUGCUAUCUUGUCAUCAUUUUGGUCCUGGUAGCUGUCAUAGUGGGAUUAAUUAUAUAUCUCAGUAGGUAAUAAGAGUGUCUACACAGUGAAGAACUGAACUUUGAACCUCAGCUAUGUUGUAGAAAUAUAUGAUAUAACUAUUUGAAUUAUCUGUUGUUUUUUUCCGGUAAGAUAUAAUUAAAGUGUGCCCUAAGUAAUUUUAAUGUAUCUAACCUGUGCCCCAAAUUAACAGUGUCUAUGAAGAUUAAUGUUAUACGUGUUCAAUUUAUUAUAUGCUUCAUUUUUAUUUAUUUUUGAAGAUAGGUAAUUACAAUUAAAUAAAUAGUUUUAGUAAUUAAGUUGCCUUAAUGUUGCUGAAGAAAUACAGGUCAAGUAAGAUAACAAAACAAAAACAUAAAGAACUUAAUUAGCAGUUUCUAAAGGUUAAGCAUAUUUCACAGAAAUAAAUGAUAAUAAUAAUAAUAAAAAUACUUGUUAAUAAUUUAAAACCAGAAUCUAUUUAAUUUUUGUCUCAGCAAUUGUUAUUGAAAACAAAAUUUUAACUAAGAAAAAUCAAAUUAGCAAAAUCCUGCUUUUUGUAACAUAAGAGAAAAGCUGCUUUUAAAUGUUGUAAAUUUUUUUUUAAUAUUCUUAGAAAUACGUUUUAUUUUUGUGUCUUUUAUCUUCUAGUUUAUCUAUUACUGUGAAAAUUAUCACGAUAGUUUAGAAAAUAAUCCACCACAUAAUUGUGAACAAAAAAUAAAAUGUAAUUUAGUGUUUUAACUUGGCAUCAUUAUCAACGUGGGAUUUAAAUGAAAAUUAUCUGAUGAUGCCAGGUUAAUCCGAUGAAACAUGAAAUAAGAAAAAUUGAUUUCAUCCGUAAGUCCAUAAACGAACUGUUGGAAAUUACUUACACUAGAGCUCUUUUCUAAUUCAAGAUGUAAUAUUGUUUGGUGUGAUAUGGAUUAGAAAACAGCUUGUUUUAAGAUAAUAAAAAAAUGAGAAUUUGAAGCAGAAUGUGGUAAAUAAAAAUUUGAUUUUUGUUUUCCACUGAUUUUCAUUGUUUUAGUACUAUAUGGAGUUUUGUAUUUUAACGAUGUUUUUUUUUUGUGCAUCUAAUGUUAUAUUUGUUUACAAAAUACCUUAUAGUAAAUCUCAUUUUUCUGCAUGCAUUUAAUAUCCCAAACAUGGAAUUUCAGGGAGAUUAAACUCGGUGAAUUGUAUUUGAAAAAUGUAUUUUUAUUUAUUUGCAAAUAAGAAAAAAAAGUACAUUUUUAUUAAAGUAAUUGUAUUUUGUUUUGUUAAGAUGUAUUUAUCAUAGUAACUUCUGGGGCCAUUUUACAGAAGAGAAAUGAAUGUAAAGGAACAGUCAAAAUAAUGUUUGUCAAAUAUGCUGUAGGUUUGUUUGCUUAUCAGAUGAUAGUUACAGUAAACACUGAACAGGUAUUUCAGAUGUAUUAUGUGUGAAAAUUCUGUAAUGGUUGUUUAUAUUAGUGUGUUAAAGGGGCAUUUAUAUAUACAGAUAAGUUUAAUAAGUUAUGUUUGUUUAGGCUAAAGUAGAAGAUUGUAUUUAACUGGAAAAUGGGCAAUAACUUUUGUUGUUGUUGUUUUGAAGUUCUUUGGGCAAAGUCCAGUUAUAAACACAAAGGAACAUAUUUCACACAUUCUCUAAUUUUUCACUGUCUGUUCUUUUCUCAGGUUUAUUGGGCAAAACCAAGUUAAGACUUAGCCAUACAGAUAAAGAUUGAUCAUACAUUCCUUUGAAUUUAGUUUUUGGCAAAGUUUAAGGGUGGGUAGAGUUUUUUUCUGUAAGUAGUUCUUGUUCACUAUAGCCGUGUUAAAAGAUUUGGAUAUGUUAUGUUCAAAUCUCAUUAGCUAUGCACGUGACAGUAGAUGUGUGAUAUGUUUCUAGGACUUUCUUCCCAUAUACCAACUCCCAGAAUUCGGACAACUAAAUAAUACAUUCUGGAUAUUUUGUUCUUGAAUGUGAACAAGCUUUUUAAAUCUUAGACGAUUUCAAAACACUGUUUAGUGAGACUUGAGAAUAAAGAUGUCAUUUAGUCACCUGGCCUUUAAACUUAUCAGGUAUAUGUUAUAGUUAUAUAGCAAGGAUUUACAGCUAGAACUAAAUCUUAGAACAGACUAAGAAUGUAAUUUUAUUUUCGAUGAAAUAAAUAGUAUUAGCAUUUUCACUAAGUAUUCUCCUGGUAUUUGAUUGUUUAUAAACCCUUGAUAUAAGAAUGUAAAUUAAAUCUUAGAAUAAUCAGGAACAAAGCUUGAAAUUAUUUAGGUAGGAUUAGAGGGAAUUAAUCUACAAGACAUUUUUUUUCAUUUUUGAUUAGUUAUAUUUUUGUGUGCCAGAAAUACCAAGCAUGGGGCGCACGUAUUCAAUUUUAUUACUCAUCGGGAUCUCUACCAGCCUAACCUCAGAUUGAAAUUCUUUUAGGCAGGAUUAGAGUAAAUUUAUCGAUGAGACCUUGGUCAAAUACAUCAAUCAAAAGAGUUUGACCUCCUAAGUCCAUAACUGUAAUUAGUUCUCUAAUCGAUCAAGAGAUAGUGCUAUGAGCUGCUACGCGGCAGCUAAAAAUGAGAAUAUAAGCCAAUGAAUUUUGUGGUAAAAUAUGAAAUGAAAACCAAAAUUCAAGGAAAGAAAACUUGCAGUAAUUCACAAGUGAAAAUAGUGUUUUUAUCACUUGGUUAGGAUCUAGACUGUUAUUAGAUUAUUCAACAAUUACCUUAGUUUAACAUUCUGUGUAAGUUCCUCUCUUAUCAUUGAAUUGGUUGAUUUGUAAGGAUGGAGUCAAAUCUUUCUGUGACUGUUUUUUCUUCUGAUUUGUUUGUUUAGGAAGCACUGAGUCUUGAAGGUUAUCAUUAGAGAUUUAUGAGUGAAGAACUUAGGGUUAAAAUUUGAGUCAAGGUCCUUUUUCUUAAUUUGUAAGUCCAUUUCACACGGGAUUUUGUGUGAUGGAAGUGUGAUUAAUUUGUUAUAAGUUAGUUAAAGAACUGCAAUGCUUGUUCAGGAGAAUCACAAAUAAGAAAACAAUGAUCUACAUAUUUGUAGUAGUAUAAAGACAUUGUGUUUCAUUAUGUGAUACAGAGAUUUUUAGAGAGAGAAAGAACAAGGAAAUUCCCAGACCCUCUGUUUGUUCAUAAAAGUCACUGUUUAAAAUAUUAUAAGAUUCUUUAGUCACAACAUAAAAUAGUUUUUCAGAUUUUUGUGUUAAAUCUUUAACAAAUUGAGAAGAGAAACAAGAUUUCAAGAGGAGUAUAGUGUAUCAACAUGAAAGAUGGUCAUAAAGACAUUAUAUCUGAAACUGACAAAAUGAAAACUCUUGCGAACAGUGUAUUCCAAUGACUUGGGAAAAUUACCAAGAUUGCAUGUUUGAGACGAUAGUUUUUAGGAGAUUUCAAAAUUACAUUAAUUUUAUAAAGGUAAGUCUGCUUGUUCAUAAGAAUGUGUCUCUUGUAAGGCUUUGUGACAAUGAUAUCUGGCGAUUUUUGUAAGUCGAAAAGUGAUUUAAGCUCUUACUUGGUAGUGUUAUGAGGUUGUGGUUGGUUGUUGUAUUAUGUGAAGUAAUCUAUAGCAUUAACAGUUGUUCAGGUUUACUAGAAUUAUUGAUAUCUGCUGAAUUUUGCCAUUUUCUUUGAAUAAAAGUUAUACAAAAGA